GUCUAUUUUUUUUAUCUCACUUUAGAAAAGGAUGCCAAGACGAAACUCACAGAACGCCUAAGGAAGGAAAUCAAGGGCAAAUAUGACAAGAAACUGCCUAAAUCAGAUACAGAAAUCUAUGAAAUAGAGAAAAAUGUAAAAGACAAACAGAAAUUGGUACAAACACAAUACAAUGACAUAUUUAAGCCAAAGGAAAAGCAAAUAAGAACAGUGCUUACAAAGGACUUGUCUGGCACUAGUAAAACACAAAUUCAAACCAAGAACUUUAUGCUUGACUGGGCAAAUAAACAGGCCAAUAAUGACAUUGACUUGAUAGUGCUAUUAACCUUCAAGGAACUGAAUUCAAUUAGGGAUUCUCAAAGCAUGGAUGACUUUCUCAACCACUGCUUGUCCUAUAAUAAAAAAACAGGAGUCUCCUUUUAUAACAAGUGUAAAUUAGCUUUUAUCCUUUAUGGUUUGGAACAAUGUGAGCUUCAUCUUGACUUUGACGAAGAGCUGACUGAUCUGAAUGAGUCCACCUCAAUGGAUGUUCUGCUAACCAACCUCAUCAAGGGAACACUGCUUCCCUCUGCUCAACUCUGGAUCAUCUCUAGUCCCUCAGGAGUUGGCAAGAUUCCACCUGAAUAUAUUCACAGAGUGACAGAAUGUCGAGAGAAAGAUGACAUAAGGAAACUCAAAGAACACAUGAAGAACAAACUCUUAGACAAAUAUAAGGACCUGAGUAAAGAGACUGACACUGAACUCUACGAGAUCAAAAUUGACAAGAAGGAUGAAGUAGUGAAGUAUAAUGACAUAUUUACCCAUUCAAAGCAAACAGUACGGACGGUGCUGACCAAAGGAGUGGCUGGUAUUGGCAAAACCUUUCAAGUUAAGAAGUUCAUGGUUGACUGGGCAAACGAAAGGUCCAACAGAAACAUAGACUUGAUUAUUUCAUUAAUGUUCAGCGAGCUAGAUCCAGAAAAGGUUCACAGCAUGGAGGAGUUGCUUAAUUCUUACUUCAGCAGUUUUCAACAAGGAGUGUGGAACAGCAGCAAGUGUAAAUUAGCUUUUAUCCUUGAUGGUUUGGAACAAUGGAAGCUUCCUCUUGACUUUGAAAACAACAAAGAGCUGACUGAUCUGAAUGAGGCCGCCUCAAUGGAUGUUCUGCUAACAAACCUCAUCAAGGGAACAUUGCUCCCCUCUGACCAUAUCUGGAUCAUAUCUCAGCCCUCAGGUGUUGACAGAAUACCCUCUGAAUUCAUUCAGAAAACAACUGAAUGUCGAGAGACUUUAAAGCGUCGACAAAAGCUGGUGUCAGACCUAAGGACAAGAUUUCAAAGAGAAUACACUCAAGUUGAAGACUUAGAUCAUCCUAACCAAAAAAACACAGAACACAUCAUGAGAGAAGACAGAACUGAUGGAGUCAAUGAUCAGGAUAACGCUGGACAGACUGAGAAGAAGACUGUCAAUUCAGUGUCUGACAUUUUCAAAGAUGCAGAUGGAAAAAACAUCAGAACUGUUCUGACCACUGGAGAAGCUGAUAUUGGAAAAACCUUCCUUAUGAAUAAGUUAACUAAACAAUGGGCUGAAAAUAAGAGUUCAGUUUUUGAUUUGCUUAAAACCAUUUCUUCUUACCUUCCUUUCGCGCAAAAGAAAGAUGAAGAACUUACAUGUAUAUUUCCACUUAACUUCUCCAAACUUAGUUUGAUGAAAGGAAACACCAGUCUGGUGGGACUUCUUAAUGACUGUUUUGAGGAAACAAAAAAAUCUGUAAUUUCAGACUUUGCACAGUUCAAACUUCUAUUUCUCUUGGAUGGACUGGAUGAAUAUAAAAGCCCUCUAGAUUUUAACCAUGGUAAAACAAUAACUGACGUCAGAGAGACUGCCUCAGUCAGUGUGCUACUGAUGGAACUCAUCAAAGGAAGCCUUCUUCCUCCUGCCAAGAUCUGGAUAACAUCCCGACCUUCAGAUGCUGAACGACUGCCCAUUGACGUUGUUCAGAGAAGUACAGAAAUACGAGAGAAACCGGAUAUUGCAAGUCAAAGGAAAUUGAAAUCUGACCUGAGAGAUCAGUUCACCCGGGUAUCUGAGGGCAUUGAUAAACAGAAAACCUCGGCUCUAUUGAAUGACAUCUUCACAGAUUUGUACAUCAUAGAGGGAGAGAGGGGGGAGGUCAACAGUCAGAGUGAAACCAGACAAGUUCAAGAUGCAAAGUUUAAAGGAGGAGAAGAAACACUCAUUAAAUAUCACGACAUCUUUAAAACUACCCCUGGAGAAACUGAACCCAUCCGAACGGUGCUAACGAUUGGGAUGGCGGGCAUUGGAAAAACAUUUGCUUCAAUGAAGUACAUGUUGGACUGGGCUGAGGGCAAGGCCAAUGAAAGCAUAUAUUACACAUUUCCACUUCCUCUACGGGAGCUGAAUUUGAGAAAAGAUACUGAGCAUAGUUUUGAGGAAGUUAUUCAUCAGUUUUUCCCAGCAAUGGAAAGAUCAGAAAUAAAGGACUACAAGAAGUACAAAAUUCUGAUUGUCUUAGAUGGAUUUGAUGAAAGUCGCCUGGACAUUGACUUUGGUGAUUGUACAAAGGUGACAGAUAUGAGAGCAAAAGCGUCAGUGAAGGUACUUCUGACAAAUCUUAUACAAGGACACCUGCUUCCAGAAGCUCAAAUCUGGAUCACGUCCCGACCUGCAGCCUCCAAUAACAUCCCUGCUAAACGUAUUGACAGAGUUACAGAGGUGCGAGGAUUCAAUGAUGAACAAAAAGAAGAGUACUUCAGGAAGAGAUUCAUUGAUAAAGACUUGGCAGAAAAAAUCUUGGCACAUGUGAAGAAAUCAAGGAGCCUCUACAUUAUGUGUCACAUCCCGGUCUUCUGCUGGAUCACCUCAGAAGUUCUAGAGGACUUAAUAAGUCGAAACCAAGAUGAAGGGAUGCCCAAGUCCCUGACUGACAUGUACAUAAGCCUCCUUUUGCUGCAGUGCAGACAGGCUAAUGUUAAAUAUGGUGGAGGCGAGCAAGAUGAAGGUUCUAAAAAAGAUUCAUGCUGGAAUACAAGGAACAAGGAAACAGUCCUGUCUUUGGCAAAACUUGCUUUUGAUGAACUUCAAAAAGGGAAUCUUCUCUUCACUGAGGAAAACCUCACAGACUGUGGUAUUAACAUAGAAAAUGCAGCAGUCUUCUCUGGGUUAUUCACUCAAAUCAAACGAGAAGGUCGUGGUCUGUACCAACAGAAAUUAUUUUGCUUUGCACAUUUGAGCAUUCAAGAGUUUCUGGCAGCUUUUCAUGCAUCAUACACAUUCUGCAGCAAAGGUGAAAACCUGCUUACGACACCCGCCUCAACAAAUGCAGACCUACCUGCAUCCGAUUUCUACAAGACCGCAGUAGAGAAGGCUCUAAGCUGUGAAACUGGGGACUGGGACCUGUUUCUUCGCUUCCUGCUGGGCCUGUCUUUGGAAACGAAUCAAAAUCUACUCCAGGAUAUACAGAAAAAGACACAAAAUACAGAAAAAAACAUCAAGAAAACAAUAGAGUUUAUCAAAGAAAAGCUGACGGAAGAGAACAGCAAUGCAGAUAAAAAUCUCAACCUACUCUACUGUUUGAAUGAGCUCAACGACCACUCUUUAGUGAAAGAAGUGAAGACUUACCUUCAGUCAGAAACAAAAGAAUUUGAAACCUUUUCUGUUGCCCAGUGGUCAGCGCUGACCUUUGUUCUGCUGACAUCAGAUGAGAAACUGGAUGUGUUUGAUCUGAAAAAGUAUCUGAAGUCAGAGAAAGUUCUUCUGGGAAUGUUGCCAGUGGUUAAAGUCUCUAAAACCACUUUGCUGAGUUGGUGUGAACUCUCAGAGGAAUCCUGCAGAGGCCUAAAUACCUCAGUCCUCACGUCUGCAUCUUCAAAUCUCACAAAGUUGGACAUGAGUCAUAAUGACCUGUGUGAUUCAGGCGUGAAGUUUCUUGCUGAUGGCUUAAAGAGCGUACACUGCAAACUGGAGAUUCUCAAGCUGGCAGGUUGUCAGGUGACAGAGAAAGGCUGUUUGUCUCUGGCUGAUGCUCUCAAGACUAACAGGAGCUCACACCUGAAAGAACUGGAUCUGAGAUAUAAUCACCCAGGAGACAUCGGGAUCAACGAGCUUUGUGACAUUCCAAAUUUGAAACUGAGGUUUGAACGUGGCGGAGAGCAUCGGUUAAAGUCAGGCCUGAAGAAGUAUGCUCCAAAGCUGGUGUUUGAUGAAAACACAGCAGGCAAGAGGCUUGUUCUGUGUGAAGGAAACAGGAAAGUGAAAACCGUAAAGAAGGUGGAUGAGAAAGUCUCACGGCCUGAAAACGAUAGCAGGUUUAAAAGAUCCCAGGUGCUGUGUGAGUGUGAGGAGGGCCUGGAUGGAAUCUGUUACUGGGAGGUGGAAUGGGCAGGCACAGUUGGCAUCGCAGUGACAUAUGAAGAUGUAGGUAGAAGGUGGGACAGGUCUGGUGGUCUAGGGUGCAAUGAGAAUUCCUGGAGUUUGCUCUGUUCCAAGGAAGGAUACAAGGCCAUUCAUGGCACCACUUCGAAACCUCUCCAAAAGCCUUGUAGCCAAAAACUAGGAGUGUUCCUAGACUGGGAAUGUGGUAUUUUGAGAUAUCUCGAGAUUUCAUCCGAAAGGCCGACUCUCAUUCAUGAAUUCAAAGUAAAAUUUACUAAGCCACUGUUUCCAGGGUUCUGGUUUAAAAGGGGCUCUGUAACUUUGUGUGAGAUGGACUGAACAUCUCUUAGUGAAACAAGGUCUUAGGGGGGGAUGAAGUCAUACCCAGUCAAACCACUUUAUUCAUAGAUGUUUUUAAUUACUACUGUAAAAGCAAUACAAUAGAUCCUAAAACUGUAUUGUACCCGUUGCUAUGAAAGUUGAUUUUCACCAUCUGAAUAUUUAUAAAAGCUGUGGAUUUAUUUUUACUUAAGUUUGUUUAUGUUUACAAAAAUCCUACACAUGAAAUUAUCUCUAGAGUAAUAUGUUUGGAAUGAUAGGAACAUUAUGAUAUAACAUUAUAAUCCUGAAGUUACACUAAAACUGAACAUAAGGUACUGUAAACGUUUAACAGUUUUAAUAUCAAUGUUAUUGUAAGUAAGUUUUUGCCUUGAAUGUGAUGAUUGUCCAUAUUAUAAAUCUGCAUCCAAUCCUAUCUGUGCGGAUAAAUUAUUUUAUUUUUAGUAAAUUCAUUUUAAAUGUGUUUAUAUGUUUUAAAUGUGUUUUUGGUAACAUUGUUUUUGUUUUCCGUUUGUGUAAAUAUAAAUAACUGUUUUUUAAAACAUAGAAACUCUAAAACACUGUAAUUUGUAAGUAUGUGAGUAUGUUUUGCUUCACUCAAUAAAGUUAUAAAAUACAAUCUGA